GCGAGAUUUGGCGUGAUUUUUUUGUUCAGUUGACAGGAAAGGCCUAAUAGGGAGUGUUGCGUCUGGUUUACUUUUGUUCGGUUCUGAGCUCUGUAGUGUCUCGGUAAUUUGCACCGGACUCGUCAUGGGCGUUGAAGUGGAAACCAUCUCCCCCGGAGACGGUCAGACGUUCCCGAAAACCGGUCAAACUGUAGUAGUUCACUACACAGGAACGUUGGAAGAUGGACAGAAGUUCGAUUCCUCUCGGGAUCGUGGGAAGCCCUUUAAGUUCAAGAUCGGUAAGGGCGAAGUGAUCAAAGGAUGGGACCACGGGGUAGCUCAGAUGAGCGUCGGCCAGCGAGCUAGAAUUACCUGCUCUCCAGACUACGCCUACGGCGCUAUAGGACACCCCGGAAUUAUACCGCCAAAUGCUGUGCUCACUUUUGAUGUGGAGCUGCUUCGACUGGAGUGAGGUGGCGUUGUCCUGGUCUUCCCGUUGUCCCCCCUGGCUGUUGGCCCAACCAAGGGGAAGAUUCUCCUCUCCCCUCUGCUGAGGAACACCCAUAUUUAUUGUCCCCACACCACCACUCCCAAAUCUAUCAGACUAUGCACUAUUUUCCAAGCUCCGUCUCCCCCCCUUUGUCCGUGGGGCCCGUAGUGCUGUAAUGAGAGAAGAAAUACACCUGCCUUGCUGUGGC